GCCAGAGACACGUUCGCGAGGCUGACCGAUAAAUUGAUCGAGAAAUUGUAAUCGUAAGACUGGCGAAUUGCGCCAAAUAUCGGAGAUACAGUGACAUUUACGCCUUUCUUUUCUUUAUGAUCGCACGAUACGGGAGAUAACAUGGGCCUUGUUUACCGUCGGCAGUGAGUUUCUUUCUUGUUGCUUUGUCGCGUCAAGGUUCCGAUGUCUGUUGAUCUCAAUGCUGCAAGUUUUUGUUGAACAUUAUCAUCUUGCUGGGUUUGUGAGGAGCAGUCGCCCAUUGUCAAUGGUGUCUAACUGUGUUUUUGUUUGUUUGUUACACGAAGAUGGCGGCAAACAGAAGCGGGGCGGCGCAGAGGCCCAACGGUGGUCCGCAGACCAAAGUGUGCCAGUUCAAGCUGGUCCUGCUGGGCGAGUCUGCCGUGGGCAAGUCGUCUCUGGUGCUGCGGUUCGUCAAGGGCCAGUUCCACGAGUACCAGGAGAGCACCAUCGGCGCUGCUUUCCUCACGCAGACCGUGUGCCUCGAUGACACCACCGUCAAAUUCGAGAUCUGGGAUACCGCUGGACAGGAGAGGUAUCACAGCCUCGCGCCUAUGUACUACCGGGGUGCGCAGGCUGCUAUCGUCGUGUACGACAUUACUAACCAGGACACAUUUGGCCGCGCGAAGAAUUGGGUGAAGGAGCUCCAGCGGCAAGCGUCGCCGUCGAUAGUGAUCGCUCUGGCUGGGAACAAGAGCGACCUGGCCGCCAAGCGCAUGGUCGAGUUCGAGGAGGCGCAGACGUACGCCGACGAGAACGGCCUGCUCUUCAUGGAGACCAGCGCCAAGACCGCCAUGAACGUCAACGACAUCUUCCUCGCCAUCGCCAACAAGCUGCCCAAGAGCGAGGCGGCGGGCGCGGCGGCGGCGGGCGGCGCGCGCCGCCUCAACGACGCAGACACGCCGCGCGCCGGCUCCUGCUGCAAGUGAGGCGCGGGCGGGGCGGCCGUGGCUAAGCAACACCAGAUAAAAUCGCAACACGGUGUAGGCGCGCGCGGGGGUAGAGGUAUGUAGUACGGCAAGCUCGCGGCCGCGCCGGCCAAUCACGGGCCGCCGCCGCGUGACGUCACGCACACACGUUACUCCGCGCGCACGUGAUUGGUCCGCGCUCAUGCUGCGGCACGCGGCCGCACCCGGCAUCCAUCAUCUUGUAAACUACAUUAUUUAUAACAUAUUUUAUAUUUCCUUUUUUAAAAAAUCUAUUUUGUUUUAUUAUUAUUAUUAUUACUGGGCAUUUGUCGAUUAGUCUGAUUUUUAAAGUUUUACGAAACCAGGGGCACGAGCGCGAGUUGUUCAGUCUAUUAGUCUAUUGUUAUAAUCCUACACGCUGUCACAUAGCCUUUACAUAUACCGGAAUGUAAUAGCCCGAUACACUCGCGCCUGCGCCCCUCGCCGCAUGCCGCCGCGAGCCGCGUAACAAGCUAACUAUAAAAUAAUACCUAGAUUUAAAAUAUUUGUAAUGUAAUGAGAUGUAAUAAAAGAUAUAUUUAAUUUCGUUUCUAUCAUGUUAGAGGCAGUCGGCUGCACUGUUUCCGCGUAGGUUAAGGGUUACUUAACGAGAUUUUUUUUUCGGUUAUAUUUAGCCGUAUCGUGUCGAUGCUAGCUAUUGUUAUCCCAGAGACGUGUUGCGGUUGGAGGGGGAAUUUUACUUUUAACUAUGUCGUUCACUCGGUCUUAAGUGUGAGUGAACGAGACAGUAUGAGGUAAUUAGUUCAAUUUGUUUUCGUUUCGCAUAAGCAUGUACUCAAAAGUGAGGUUAGACCAUCAGCUUCCCGCGCUUGACUCAAGUAGAAUGGGGUCAAUGACACAUAGCUGCCAACAUAAAAGGCGAAUUUUCUCCGUGUAGUGGCAAACGAUUGCCCCCUCCAACCGACACGCGUCUUUUCACAGAAGCCUAAGCUUCGUCAAAUUAUCCAAAUUGUGGUGAUGGUGCAUUUACAUUCGCGUCUCAUAAUCACGAAAUCACUUUGUUUUCACCCGCAUUAAAUUGAUAGGAUCUAAAUGUAUCUAACGGCCCAUUGUUUUAGAAGUCUGAUUUUUGGCGCGUACCAGUGACGGACGCUAUGUUGGCAUCAUUGUUUUUGACACUCGUUUUGGCGCCUAUAAUAUCUGGCAUUACUUGGCUGUAUUAUUUUUGCAAGUUCGUCUUCGAACAAGAUUAGUAUAAAAUAGUUGUUGCUAACGUUUAGCCUAACGAAUUUUAAUGUUACAAAGCAUUUUCUUGUUAAAACCGCGCCGUCACUGAUAUGCUUAUAAAAUUGGACAAUGUACUUGUAUGUAUAAAUGAAUGAAGUUAAAUCGAGCUGGACUCUGUCAACAACUGAGACGGGAAUCAGGACUACGCAGCUCGGAAUAAAUGAUAUUUUUUGCAUUGUAUAGACACUUGCUUGGUCCUAGACGACAUAAAUACUUUUUACUUCCUUUUUAUUUUUACGUCGCAACGGCGUUAGACAUGUUACAGUGUAAGAAGGAUCGAGCGAGUGGAACAUCCAAUUCUAGAACGUUCUAGAAAAGGGUAAAUGGAUGUCACCCGUGUGACUCUUGUUGUUUUAAAGGUUCAUCGUUUGUCAUUUCACUCGCAAGCUCUAGGCUAAUUUUAUCCACAUUAUCACUUCCGCUUCCGCCCUACACUCCCAACACUUAUUUUAAUAAAUCCAACUCCAUAUUACGUCCUAUCAAAUCUUAUAUUUUGUUUGGGAUGUGUAGGAAUGGUAAGUUCAUUUCAUAUUUAGUUCAAAAUAAAAUAAAUAAAAAAAUACAUAGUUAUUUAAAAUUAGAUUUACACUCUCAGUUAGAAUUUUAUAGUUAUUUUAAACACUAAUUAUUCUAUGGACAAAUUGUUCUAUAUUUAAUUAUGUAUAUUAUCUGUAUAAUUAUAUAUUUUAAGUGAAGUGUAACUCUGUGGGUCUUGACUGUGAAGGUAUAUAGUUAAUCUUUUAUUUUCAAUAUGUUGAAAUCGCAUUCCAUACAGGGAGCCUGUAGAGGACUGGUGCCGCUGUUAUUAUUACUGGUUAUAUUCCUAUUUCUUUGCCGUUUACCUACUGUCUGUAUUUCAGUCAUUCGCUUACGUCUCUCAUACCGAUUUACAUGAAUUUCUUGUACGUUUUUUGGAUACUGUGUCGAUGAAAUGUUUAUAUAAUGACCAGUAGGCUCACGGUAACCGCGCCGCGCGUGGCGCUAAUUAUAUCGAGGCCUUCGACCAAUAGUCGUUUGACGUCCAUAUACGUAGAUAGCAUUCGUAUCAUUUAUUGGUCGAAGCGCUCAAUAUACUUCGCGCCGCGCGCGACGCGGUUGUCAUGCCGACCCGGCUGGAAUGUAUAAGGGAUCUAAUUAGGCGCUUAUUAAACUUGCCAGUGCAGGCCGGGGGACACAAUUAUACCUGUACCCAAAUUCAAGGUAACAUAGUUGCACUUUGGAUCGUCAAUUUUUACAUAAAACUACUGCAGCUUCUCACAAUCUGUAUAUAUACCCGAGCCCGCGAACUCGACGCAUCGGGUCUGACGCAUUAGCAAGGGUAACGAGCGCUGUAAAUUGAUAUGAGUUAAGCGAAUCCUGUGUGACAAUUUCCCUCUGUAUUUAUCACAUUAGAAAGUCGAUUCGCCCCGGUAGUGCGUGUAUCCGAACGGGCACUCUAGUGCGCAUGUCCUAACGCUAAAGUUUCAAAGUGAUAAGUAGCACUUCCGAACCGUGCAAUAAUGUAUCCCACAGACAGAUAAACUUACAUAAUUGUAUGUAUAUUUUGUUUUGUCAGCACGACUGUUACGUAGUCACGAUCACAGCUUCCUACAGCCUCUAGUAAUACUAUAAGUAAUGAGGAAGCAACAAUAAAGUAGAAAUAAUCUCUCGGUCUGGUAAGGAAGCGAACCACAGGCUAGCGAAAGGACGCUGAUCAAGGUAAUAUUGUAUGUUUUUGUAUUGUGUAAAUAUUUUGGAUUUAUUAAGAUUAUUAUAUUGAAUAAAAAAAUAUUGUAAAUGGA